AUGGCCAUUCUUUGCGGAAAAUCUGCAUGUACAUUCAUCCCAAGGACAUCCGUUUUCGUGUGCGUACCGAAGGAUUUCCAAAUGACCUUUUCCCGCAGCUUCGCGGCAUGUAAGAUCUGUCCACAAACAGCCACACUCACGUGCAUAUUUGAGACAUUCCAAAUGACCACCUUUAGCAGCACCGGCGCAUGUGUCCUCAUACCAAGGACACCCGUUUUCAUGGGCGUAUUUCAGGAUUUCCAAAUGGCCAUUUCUGGCAGCAUGGCUACAAGUCCAUCCAUCCCAAGGACAGCCCUCUUCAUGGGCAUACUUGAGGAUUUUCAAGUGCCCAUACUCCGCAGCAUACAGGAUGACUUCUUUUACCGCUGA